AUGGCGAACAGAGCUGCGGCGUCGGAGACGGAGGCCUUCUCCUUCACGCUGCUGACACGCAUUCGAAUCUCUCCUUGCAACUUAAGCUCGGAAGUGCGAUUCUUCAGCAGCUUCCAUGGCGCGAAAAACUCUCUUGAUUUUUGUAUUGAUAUGAUACUUAAUCUUUGUGGCUCCAUUAAUGUUUUAUUUAGAAGAACAGCAAACAAAUCUCCGGAAAAGGAUUCAUUAGACAAUGAUAUUGAUGAAUUUUCUCAGAGGAAAAAAUUACAUCAGACUUCUCUUAGAGAACGUGCUUCUCUGCCAGAACCAUUACCAUUGGAUUUUGUUGUGCAUCCGCCAUCAAAAGUAAAUUGGGAAGAAGUACGUGCACGAGCUAUUAGAGCAGCUAUGAAAGCUAAGAAAGAUAAGAUGCGUCGAAAGCGUCGACGACCAUUUGAUCCACUAAUUGCUCAAAGGAGGCGUCCUUUGUUUAAAGUGCAAUCUUCAGCGUACUAAAGAACCAAGUUUAAAAAUGAGCUUUUAUAUUUGAAGAUUUACACUUGAUUGUUAUACACACACACAAAUGUUGACUUAGGAUCAUCUCUGAGGAUUUU